CUCUUUAUCGGAAUGGUACAGCUUACACCCCUUUCUCGUCGCACAUCUGGAAUGGUAUCGUCCAAUGCAGUCACGUGGUGCGGACGGCGGGAACUUGAAUAUUAGGGACGUGAAAAUUGGCGUCGGUGUGGUAAAUGAAGUUGGCCGAUGAAACCUAUUAAGAAGUGAUGAAAACUCGGCACAAUUAACUCUAACAUUGCGUUUGAAAAGGCGAGAAUGAACACUGUGUAAGAUAUAUAAUGAGUGAUUGAGCGAAUGAGGUAAGGCGUGUUCGGAGCGAGCGGACGGGGAGCAGGCGAGACCCGGGCUUCAACGGUGACCAGGCCCCGACGGACUGGGACACGACAGACAACUAUUCCCAGCUCGUGGGGAUGGAGGCCGGGGUGGAGAAGGAGGAGAUGACGGAGGAAAAGACACCGCCAGCUUUCCCCAUCAUCCCCGAGCAUUUACGAAGCUUUGUCACGAUCCGGAGAAAGCGGAAUGCAGUAGAGAAAAAGCAACAGAAUCAUCACGAUCAGCAUCAGCAGAAUCAGCAGCAACAGCAUCUCCAGGAUUAUAAUAAUCAACACCAGCAGGAUCAUGAUGUUGAUCAUUGUCAUCAUGAUGAUCAUCUUCAGCUGGCUUGUGGGUCUGAGUCUCUCUUCUCUCAGUUUGACUCCACGCCCCCUCUUCCCACUCGCACCCCCCGCUUACGCCACAGGAGUCGUGGUGAUGGUGGUGGCGAUGGUGGUGAUGGCCAUGAGGUGAUGGUGAUGAUGGAGAUGUUCCGUCUAAGGUUGAUGGCAUCAACAAAGAUGGGAGCGCGAGGUGGUGAUGAUGGUGGUGAUGAUGAUGAUGAAGAUGUUACUCAAACGCUUUUGCUAAACCAUGAUUGCCACUCUGAGGAUACAAUGAGAUUUGGAAAUGGUGGUGGUAAUCAUGGUGGUGUUGAUCCUGAUGGUGGUGGUCAUGAUAGUCGUUUUGGUGAAUAUGGUCGUAGUGAUGAUGGUUGUGGAUACAACAGUCCUGUUGGUUCUGUUCACAAUAGCUGUGGUGUAGAUGUGGAUGUCUGUGGUGAUGGAGGCGAUGAUGAUGGUGUUGGUAGAGAUGGUGGUGAUGGUGUUUGUGAAGAACAAACUUUGUGGGUGACCUGUGCACCAUCACCGCAUCACCAUUCCGAACCCCCAAACCCUUACCGGAGUAACAGUGAUGCUGAUGAUGGUGAUACUAAAUACAUUUGUGAUCAAGAUCAGUUUCCUGACCGUGAUGAUUAUGAUGUUGGAGAUUGUGUUAAUGUCCACUGCAUUGUUCGAGAUGAUGUUGAUGAUGAUGUGAUUGGAGAUGAUCCUCAAGAAAUCUGUGGACAAGGUGAAGAUGAUGACUAUGACAAUGCUGAUGAUGAUCAUGAUGAUUCCAAUGAUCAUGGUGAUGAUCAUGAUGCUGGACCUCCUAACUUCAGCACGAGAGAAGACACAGCCUCGUUGUCCAAGAGCACUUUAAACUGUUUAGAGGACUCGGACACAUCCCAUUGGACACUCGGACAAAACUCAAGUGUCUACCUCGACCCAGAACUCAAAGACCAGGACAUUCAGUGUACCUUGUCUUUGUUUAGCGAUGUAUCUGGCUUGUCUCAGAAGACGCUAGGUCCAUUGUUGGACUUGGACAGUGCUACACAGACACUAGGACAAGACUCGAGUGUCUAUUUAGACACGGAACUUCACGAUCAGGACAUUCAAUGUACCUUGUCUUGGUCUAGAGAUGUGUCUGACUCGUCUGAGAAGACAUACUAUUUAGACGACUCGGACAGUGCUACACGGACACUCGGACAAGACUCAAGUAUCUAUUUAGACACGGAACUCCACGAUCAGGACAUUCAAUGUACCUUGUCUUGGUUUAGUGAUGUGUCUGACUCGUCCGAAAAGACGCUAGAUCCAUUGUUGGACUUGGACAAUACUACACAGACAUUCGGACAAAACUCAAGUGUCUGCUUAGACACGGAACUCAAAGAUCAGGACGUUCAAGUAACCUUGUCUUGGACAGAGAGUGAAGUGUCAAGCCUGGGUUGUGGUGCUGAUGUUGGUGAUGGUCAGAGUGGUGGUGGUGAUGAUGUCGAUUAUUGCGGUGUUGGUCGUGGUGUUGAUGGUGUUGAUGAUAACAUGCACGGUGGUGGUAUUAGCGAUGGUGACAGCAAUGGUGAUGAUCAUGCUGUAUGUCAAGAUGUUGAUGAUGGUGAAUUUCAAAGUAGUGGCUUUGGCGAUGGUGUUAAUGAUUGUGAUCAUCAUGAUGAUGGUGUUGAUCAUUGUGAUAGUCGCCGUUUUAGUGGUGAUGGUGGUGGUGGGCGUGAAGUGGGUUGUUCUGUGCCACUGUGGGUGCUGUCCCUGCCCGAUAUGGAGUUGCGUGGGGCGCUCAACGCUCUGGGCGUCAGGGCAGCUCCAGUCGUAAGCAGCACCCGUGGACUCAUGCAGAGACUCCUGCUCAUGCGCGUGGUGGCAUCAGCGUCGGACUCCCAGAGCCUAGCCCCAGCCGCCACGCCACCCUCGCUCACAGUGUGCUACAGCCUGGAGCUGCGUCGGGCCCUGUUGACUGGCCUGAUUCCCGACUGCUCCGCGGAUGAGGAGCUCAUGAAGUCCCAAUUCGACUCCUGGACCCUAAUCUCGCGACCCAGGCCGAGGGGCAGAUGGAGGAGCAGGGGGAGGGCUCGGUGCAUCAAGAACUGCUUCAACUACCUCCUGCUUGACCCGCGCAGCAAACUUAUGGAUCCAGGUGAAGGUGGUGAGCAAGGUGGUGAGCAGUUCCGUAUCUUCGUGAGUUCUAUCUUCUACAUUGGAAAAGGUUCAGGAAAUCGCCCGUUUCAUCAUCUCCAGGAGGCAAUGGCUCACCUCCACUCGCCACACAUACAGCCGAGCCAGAAGGUUGCCCGCGUUUUGUCCGUCUGGGAAGCGGGACGCGGAGUCAUCUACAUCCCCUGUUUCCACUCCUCCACCUCUGCUGAGUCACUCACUCGGGAGUCAUGCAUCAUUGACGCAUUAGGCGUGGGCUCCUUGUGUAACGAGCGACGUGGCUCAGUGCCGGGCCUCGUGAGUGGAUGGCCCCUGAGCCGACGCCGCCAGCUCGGCGUUUUCCUACUCAGCAGAGCCAUGGCCAUCAUGGACCUCGAUGGACGGAGAGAGAUUCAUCCUCGCGACCUCACAGUAUAAAGAGACAUACACAGAAACACACACACACUGUCACAAAGACAAAUAUCUUCCCUCUAGCCUUUAGCAAACUUCAGGGGUUAAAUCCUGUUCAUGAGUAGCUAAUACAUACACACUCUCCAAGCCAAUGGUGAUAAUUUCACAUUCCAAUGACAGGGCCAAGUCUGUAUUAUAAGAACAACUGCUGAACAACACGUUAACAAUUAAUUUUUCUCACAGUGCAGACGAUUGCGUUUUAAUAAAAAUACUAACUGAA